AUGGCCGAGCUGCAUAUCAUAGGCCAGAUUGUUGGGGCCAGUGGUUUUCCUCAGAGCAGUCUUUUCUGCAAGUGGGGCAUCCAUACAGGAGGGGCAUGGAGACUUCUCUCUGGUGUGAAGGAGGGACAGACUCAAGUCGAUUUACCUGAGAUGGGGGACAUGGCAUUCUGGAGUCAUCCUGUUGACCUACAUUACACCACGAAAGGCAUUCAAGGUUGGCCGAAGUUCCAUCUCCAGGUUUGGCAUCAGGAUUCGUUUGGACGUUGCCAGCUCUAUGGUUAUGGUUACUGUCAUGUGCCUUCCAGCCCAGGACAGCAUCGCUUGCAGUGUGUCACUUGGCGGCCACUGGGGUCUUGGCAGGAGCAACUUGCUCAGGAGUUUGUCGGUGGAGGUUCCCAGCUGCGUUUUCCAGACUUAAUUUAUAGUGGAGCAGAUCGAUACAGGUUGCACACGGUUGCCAUGGGAAUAGUGGAACUGGAGCUUUGCAUCAUUCUAAGGCACUUUGACAAAUAUGGCAUAGAGAGCUGA